AUGAGCAAGUUUGGGCUGCAAAAGCUGGUGCCUCUGAUUAGAGCUGAUGAAGAAAAGGACGGGAAGGUAUACGACCAUUCUAUGACGAUCGGUACGGAUUUGUCGUCGAUGCUGCAUUCCCUCGGUAUACCUAGGGACUCUAAGCACCAUAGGGUGCUCGACACAUUCCAGAGUCCAUGGGCCGAGACGUCACGGAGCGAGGUCGAGCCAAAGUACUAUAUACCGGAGUCCUUCAAGAACAUACCGGAUGUGCUACAAUCUAAGACCACCCCACCAACGUUUGAUGAUGUGCAGACUGACCAGCAGAGAGUGGCGCUUUUCCAAGAUGAGACGCUGUUCUAUUUAUUCUAUAAGCACCCAGGCACUGUGAUUCAGGAAUUGACAUACUUGGAGUUGAGGAAACGCAACUGGAGAUAUCACAAGGGCCUGAAAGCAUGGCUCACAAAGGACCCCAUGAUGGAACCCGUAGUGGCCGCCGACGGUCUAAGUGAAAGAGGUUCAUAUGUUUUCUUUGAUCCACAAAGAUGGGAGAAGUGCCAACGAGACUUCCCAUUGUUCUAUAGCGCAAUCAUGUAA